AUGAUCAAUGCUGUAUUAGUCUUCAACAACAACGGCCAGCCUCGCCUGACCAAAUUCUAUACCCAGCUUGACACGCAGACCCAACAAUCCCUCAUCGCGCAAAUAUACCACCUUGUCGCACAGCGCCCUGAUAGUGCUUGCAAUUUCCUCCCAUUGCCCCCACUCCUGUCCCAAGGCGCUGCCAGCUCCUCCGCUCACGGGCCGUCGGAUGCGCCCACCCAGAUCACAUACCGCACCUAUGCCACGCUCUCCUUCAUCAUGAUAUCAACCUCUACCGAGUCACCACUCGCACUGAUUGACCUGAUCCAGGUCUUCGUCGAGGCCCUCGACCGGAUGUUUGAGAACGUCUGCGAGCUGGACCUGAUUUUCGGGUAUGAGACUUUGCACGCGGUGCUGAGUGAGAUGAUCAUCGGCGGGGUCGUGGUGGAGACCAAUAUUGACAAGAUUGUUGCCGCUGUACGGACCCAAGAGGGUUCACUAGGAAAGAAGAAGGCUAUCCAGGCUGCGAGCACAAGCCUAGGACGUGGUGCCCUGCCCGGGCUGGGGGCUUGGCGAUGA